UUUCUUUCUGCUCAUGGCAGAGCAUACAAGCUAAGUACUACCUGUGAUUAAUACUUUAUAUUUUCCUUAAUUGUACCUAUUAUACAUAUUGUGUGUGUUGGGAGAAGAUAUUCGCGAUUAUCUUCUCCCAUUCGCAUUCUAUGCGAUUUUUUACUCCGUUUAGGACACGCUAAUUCUCAUUACUCCGCUUUCCAUUCCUCCCCCCCCCCUCUCCCGGCGCCAUUUUUACCUUCUUCUCCUAGGUUCUGCGCUUCGCGCGCGCGGGAUAGGGGCGGAUCUUCGCGUGCCGGCCGCUUUUCUUCGCGGCCUACUCGCUGAGAGGGGCGGAGCUUUUCCUUUCGUCAUUGGACCGCGCUCCGGCGCCGUCCAAUCAAUACCCAGCCGGACGUAGUCUCGCGAGACUUCGUCCCCGGGUACUAGGACUCUCGGGCUCACCUCCCACCGCUGCGUCAGUGCAACGCUAGCGGUGUGGAGGACGGAGCCUGUACCAGCACUUCCCCUGUCACAUAUCGUAGGUAGAUCCCAGGAAUUUAUUCCUUCCCCUCAUCUACCUCCCUCUCUUCCCAGUUAACCUCAGAGAUUUCAGGAAUUUAUUCCUCCCCCUCACUAGUCCUCAGAUUAACUAGUUAGUUACUAUGGCUGAGGAACCCUCAUCUGUCCCCAAUGGAGGGGAGAGCUCUUUAGACUCGGCCCAAUUUAUGACCGCCAACCAAAUACAAGACUUAAUUAAUAAGUCUGUUCAGGCGGCUUUGGCCUCCGCCAUGGUGACCUCUGGACCACUACCAGCGGUAUCCUGUGUGUCUGUCCCGCCAUUCCAAGGCGGUGAACCGCCAAUUAAGAAGGGAAAGGUUUCCCAUAAAAGGAAACACACAUUGGCGGCAUCUGACUCCCCGGCAGGGGAAGAUAAUAAUGUGCUCCAGGCAGCCCCUACCCCGGCCUGCCAACCCCAGCAUCCAUCAGACUCCACUCGACCCCUGGGCCUCAGGGAGUUACAUGAGAAGAGGCACAGAUCCGCUAGACGGAACAAACCCGACUCUUACGUGGAUUCCUCUGACGAGGAUUCGUCGGGAUCAUCCAGCGAGUCUGACGACUUUAAUUCAAACCCUAAUAUCGAGGAUGCUGGGGAUACGGCGUUCGACACCGACGCCAACCCUGUUACACAGGGCACUGUGAUCCUAGACUCCCUAGGUGAACCCCUUUUUCACCCUGAUUCCAUAUCUCACCCACGAUCGGGUGAAUGGUCCCCUCUCCCUCACGUGACCCAGUAUGUGGAGCUCUGGGCUCGUAAGUCCCUAGACAGGGCCAGCCGUAACAAGCUGAGAGCUGAGUGUCCCAGGCCCUUUAUUCCCAAUAAAGUUGUGGCAACCCCCGAAGUUGACCCUAUUUUGAUGAAAUACCUGAUGAAAUCGGGUAAAUUCCCUAAGAAGGGAAUAGAACGCUCAUUUAAAACUAUCCAGGAGCGUAUCUUAGACUUAAUGGGCCCUCUCACUAAGAUACUCAACCUGUCUGAGCAGGCCGCAUCGACAGAUCAGCCCGUCGAUACCCGUCAACUACGGGGGUGGGCCCAGAGGGCCAUAUGCUUGGCAGGUACGGCCAACACCACCUGCUCGACUGAACGUCGUAGGUCGAUCCUUAUGCGCCUCGACCCGCAGCUGUCCCACCUUGCUGAAACUGAGUCUGGACCUGCAGCAGCAGGAAUGCUAUUUGGGGACAACUUGAUGAAAGACAUCAACAGGUUUGUCGGCCUGUUUACAGGGCUGGAUAAAGCCCAAACCUCAUUAAAGAGAUCGGGGGCGAAUAAGCUUUUUCCUCGGGCCGGCAGAGGUAGAGGCCGAUCUGCCGGCCGCACCCCCUCCUAUAGGCCACAAGGCAGACCCUCUGCCCAAUACCAGUACCCUCAGGCUCCUCCGUCCUACACUGUCCCAAUGGCACAACCGUCGCCUUUCUUCCCUCCCAGAGGUCGACCUUGGCGCGGACGUGGCGGACGCGGAUAUCCCCGUUCCCGUCCAACUACCGGAUACUGAAGGCGUUGGCUGGUUUCCUGCCUACUACUAACCUGUUGGUUGAGCACUACUGGAGUUCUCUACAGUCCCCGUUGGGACGAAGUUAGGCCGUCGAGUGGCCUCGUUUCCUGAGUUCUGGCCAUUCCUGGCCGACGAUUGGAGGAGCGAUGUGGAUGUCUGGCUGGCGUUUCGGCUUCAUAUGCGGCUCUGAUUCGCGUGAAGAAAGAGGAGGAUCCAUAUGUGGGCAGUCCUUAUAUAGGGGCUACAGACGAGGAGUGGCUGCUGUGGCCCCGGGACUGCUGGGAGUUGUAGUUUUUUCUUUACAAUGAUUGUUAUCGAAUUUUGUUCUGCUAUGGGCAUUAUUAAA